GCACGGUGCUCCCGGGAAGGGGAAGCUCUCCUCGCACACCAACCCUCCCAAGACACACACACUUUGGCUCUCGUUCUUUUUCUCAGCAUACAACCGAGGAAGUGAAAUGAUCAAAUGAGUUGGAACGUUCUGGGAGCUUGCAAUAUCCUGUUGCUUGUGGCCGCCGGAUUUAAGUUUGUCUUCCCCCACGAUCUGAGUAAACUCUCAAACCUGUUCAACACCACGGCUACGGCAAACCAUAUUAUCUCCAUCUAUGCACCCUCUCAGGGACGCUGCCACUUGUCACAGUGGUGUAGUGGUUAUCCGCGCAAACCUAAGAACAUUAUCAUUAUCUCCUGGCGGAGCCGUCCUCCCUCCGCCGCUCUUCUUUUUGCAGGUUGCAAGUUCGAGAUGGGCAAGAGUUUUUUUGCAUGUGGGCUUUUCGCCAUUUUGACGGUUUUCCUUUUAUUGUGCGACGCCGAGCAAACAUCAUCCUGAAAACAAUUUUUCCUGCGGAAACACAUGGCCAACUGCCAGUGAUAUGCGUACUGCUAGCACCUGACAAGUGUAUGCAAUGAAACAAACCGGAUAGCCCGAAUCAUUAGCGGAGAUAGCGAACACGCAGCAAGAAAGCCAACU